AUGGCAGCACCUCAGGCGACGAGCAUUAAUGCUAUGGCUAUAACGCCGGAUCUGCGGUACUGGUUUACGGGCGGGUCAGAUGGGUACAUUCGCAAGUACGAUGGCCCAGGGACCAUCAACGGCAAGCUGCCUCUAACGGUGGCGCAGAAGCACCCGUUUGUGGACAGCGUUACCAAAGCCGGUAUCCUCAUGUCGUACUGGGAGAAUGAAGAGCCCUCUAUCCCGGGCCGCAGCGAUCAAGAUCAUAACCUGUCACACGUCUAUUCUCUGGCUGUGCACUCAGAAGCCCUGUGGCUUCUUUCGGGCUUGGAAUCUGGAGGCAUCAACCUACAGAGCGUGCGUCACGAUGAGGGGAAGAAGAUCCACUGCUUGCAGCAACACACUAACGCUGUCAGCGUUCUGGUUCUGGCCCAAGAUGAGAAGAGCGUGUUAAGCGGCAGCUGGGACAAGAACAUUUUCGACUGGGAUCUAAACAACGGCCAGAUCAAGAGGAGCUUCGAUGGCAGCGGUGGUCAGAUCUCCGCUAUCGAGCUGCGCCCGAUGGGCGGACUUCCGAUGCCCACGAUUGAAGACGAACCACUUUUAUCAAGCACAAUCUCGACAAACAACGGCGUUCCUCCAGCUAACGGAGUCAUGGCGUCCUCGGGCAACCGGCCGACGACGGCUAACGAAGGCGAUGCAAGCGGUAACUUGUUUGGAGAUGGCAAUGGGCAUAGUUCGGGGAGUCCUGAGCAUGCAAGCCUAUUUGGUGGCAGCGACGCUGGAAGUCUCUUUGGGGAAAGCACUGGCGGCCCGACGUUUGGGCAGGAUGAGGAUGACUUCAAUGGUUCCAUGGGCAUGAUGCAAGGCCAUGAGAACGAGGGGGGCAUGGACCACUCGGCCGACAUGGCAAUGGCAGCAAUGGACGUGAUCAAGCCGCCUGAGAAGGAGGAGGACCUCGGCUCGGGUCCACUGUCAGCGGGAGAUGACGCUUUGCAUGUGGAUUCUGGUGGCGGACAAGGAGAAGCAGCUACACAGGCGCAGAACUCCAACGGUAGACCCUCGCCGACUCCGACUGCCGACUCUCAGAGACCCAAUGCGAUACAACAAACGGAUCUCACUUUACAAGAACAGCAAGAAAGUACUGCCUCCGUCUCACAGGAGGUCAAACUUGAAUGUGAAGGUGGCCAAAUGCUUGGAGAGGGCCAGCAAUCGACACUCUCGCCCAAGGCGGUCUUGUCACUAGGCAACGAUCAAGAGGGGGCAGGAAGAGCAAACGCCAACUUCGACCCGUCCCAGACGUGCCCGCAUACUUUCCUUUCGGCUGCAAUCGAUGGAAACAUUCGAAUAUGGGACCGGCGCGUGCAGAAGCCUGUGGCACGCAUCGGGAACCGACCGGGUGUGCCGCCGUGGUGCAUGAGCGCGUGUUGGGGCCCAGACGGCAACAUGAUUUAUGCGGGACGACGCAACGGGACGGUCGAGGAGUUUGACGUGCGCCACGCGAAGAGGGGAUGGGGACCCGAGAGGGUGCUCAAAUUUCCGGCUGGCAGUGGUGCCGUCUCGGCCGUCAAGCCUAUGGUCAACGGGCGACAUCUUGUUUGCGCAUCCCACGAUAUUCUCCGUUUGUACGAUUUGCACGACACUGGGUCUACCAAGCACUCGACGGUGCCGUUUCUCAUCAUUCCAGGCCCCCCUAGAGCGGGAGUUAUUUCGAGCCUCUACAUCGAUCCUACGAGUAGGUUUAUGCUCAGCGCAGCUGGUACGAGGGGAUGGGAAGGCACCAGCACCGAAGCGUUGAUUGGGUACGAGAUAAAUGUGAUCAACGGUUAA